AUUAAUUAAAGUCUCUGGAUUGAGUUUCUUUUAAGGCAGAAACCCUUUCUAUAGUUUCCAUUUCUGGCUGGCACAGACAGUCACGGCAUUACCUCCCUCGUGGUUCUCCCACUUGGGUUAGGCGUUUAGUCACAGUUCUCACUACCAGCCCCUGGCACAUUUUCUUGCACACCACGGCUUGCUCCGCUCAAGCCAGCCUCGUGGUUUCAUGUGAUCGCGUAGGCCCAGUUCCGAUGCUACACAUUGAGAAAGGGGAAGUCUCCAUUUCACCUGCCCCUAUGCUGUAGAUGAAACGCCUCAUGCUCACCACCUUUUACACACCCCUCCGCCUUCAAUGCUGGUCCUGCUGCAGCCCGUUCCGCGCCCUAGCGCCUGAGCACCUGCAGGGGGCGCCAGAGAGCUUCCUUGCGGCGGCGGUAGCCGGCAGGAGCAGGCGGCCGCGGGGAGCGGGUCCUGCCUGGGGCGGUGUGAAGUCUCCGCAUUCUGCGGCAGAGGGACUAGGCGGGGGAGCAAGGAGACUACGGGCAACCCACCAUGGCUGAGGUCGGCUCCCUUCUCUGAUCACCCGGCUAGGUGAGCUGGCCGGCAGCAAAGACCAGGGCUGAAUCCCCGUCCUCCCUCGCGCGGCUGCACUGGGGCGGAGAGAUGGGAAAAUUGAGGCACAGAGAGAGGUGACAUUACACGCUGAAGAUCAUACAGGAGGGCAAUAGAGGUUCCGUGCAGAAGUCACAAUGACGUGGUGAAGCUGAAGACGGGACCUGGGAACCUUCCGUCUGCUCAAUUUUGGGUAAUCCAGCGAAUUCUCCAGCGUUCCAUUUUCCCACCAUGGCUAAAAGUGCAGAAGUGAAGCUGGCGAUCUUUGGUCGAGCCGGUGUGGGGAAGUCAGCUCUCGUCGUGCGCUUCCUGACCAAACGGUUCAUCUGGGAGUAUGACCCCACUCUAGAGUCUACCUAUCGUCAUCAGGCAACUAUUGAUGAUGAAGUUGUUUCCAUGGAGAUACUAGACACAGCUGGUCAGGAGGACACUAUUCAGAAGGAAGGACACGUACGAUGGGGUGAAGGCUUUGUGCUAGUCUACGACAUCACCGACAGGGGCAGCUUUGAGGAAGUGCUGCCACUUAAGAACUUGCUGGAUGAAGUUAAAAAACCCAAGAAUGUUACUCUGAUCCUAGUGGGGAACAAAGCAGACCUGGACCACUCCAGGCAGGUCAGCACAGAGGAAGGAGAAAAGCUGGCCACAGAACUGGCAUGUGCGUUUUAUGAGUGCUCCGCUUGCACAGGUGAAGGCAACAUCAUGGAGGCCUUCUAUGAGCUUUGCCGUGAGGUACGGCGUCGUAAGAUGGUCCAGGGCAAGACUCGGAGACGGAGCUCCACCACCCAUGUCAAGCAGGCGAUUAACAAGAUGCUCACCAAAAUCAGCAGCUAAAAGAUUUGUAACUAAGUAGAGAACCGGUGUAGAGAAGAUUAGGUUGGGGUGGGGAGGAGGCAGCCAGGACAAAUUAAAAUAAAAGAUGGUCAAAGCUUUACUUAAAAAAAAACCACGUCAUCCCUUUUUGAGUACAUGGAGCAGAUUCCUUUCUACUUUAUUUAAAUGGUUUUUGAGUGGUAGCAUCCACUCCACACCAUUUCUGUCCAACAUCAUAGAGACAUUCUAAAGGAUUGGAUGACUCAAGGGAUUGGUAAUGAGACAGCUAGGUUGCUGGCUCCAAUCCAGCCCAGAUUGGUAAUGACUGAAAAUCAUUAUCUUCUGAUGGCUGCUCAGUGGCCUAUGAGUUAUGAGUCUCAGUCCAGCGAGACAUCCUUACCAGAGAGGCCAAGGACUGAAUCACCUGGGAGACUGCUUUAUUGUACUCUCCAAAAUUGUUAUUCUGGCACAUUUCACUAACACUAAAUUUACACACAAUUUCUUUUAUUAUAACUCCUCUUUUCUUGUAUUAUUUUUCCAGCCCAAUACUAGUGCCUACAUUCUUAGGUGUGUAUUUAAAAUGGGAAAAAUAUUGCAUGACAGUAGAGAUUUCAACUGGUGAUGGGUGAAUUUCAAUAGGUCUGCAGGACACAAAUGUGGCUGGUUUUCCAGGUCUCUCAGAUCUACAAAAGUGGGCAGGGAAUAUUGCAUAAACAGCUUUUCCGAAGGCAAUUUCAGCAUUCCACC